AUGAAGCUUCUAUCCCUCACCGCUCUUUCGUCUUUACUGGCCGCGACCGUAUCAGCCGCCCCCUUCCCCUCAGCAUAUACCCUCGUGGCCGACGGCGGCUGGACCGUGGUAACCGAUGGCACGAAUGCAUACAUCGGAACGGGCGACAUUGCAAACUACCCCAUUCUCAUCCUGAAAGGAGGCAACGACAACGGCAUGAUUACCGGGACUGAGCAGCACAAAUCUUCCGCUGGCGUGCAGCAUCUCUAUGUCAAGCAGGAUGGCAAUGCUCCGGUUACCUUGACAGGGCCUAAUGCCGGAGCCCCUGCGGGUGCCGUGCUUACCGGGUUCGGAGUCAAUGACCAGAAUUACCUGACUGUGGACGGACAGAGCUCAUUCGGGGUUGAUCCCAACGAGGGUCAAAUCAAGAAGAUCUAUUAUCUUGAUGGAUCGGAUGAUCAGUACCAGGAGAUUUCUCUCUGGGUGAAGGAAUGCAAGGGGUGUUAG